AUGCUCCUUUCCGUCCCUGCGCGCGUCUCUGCCACUGGGGCUCCCGCCAACGCGACUGCGCCUGCUAACACGACUGCUUCUGCUAAGGCGGUUGCUGCUGGCGCGAUUGGCGCCAACCCCUACUUCGGCAAGGGUCUCACCGUGAAGCUUCCUCCCGCUGUCUUCGGCAAGCGCUGCGGCGCGUGCUACAAGGUGAUUUGCGCCAACGACACGAAGCGCUGCCGCAGCGGCAAGGCGACCGUGACGGUCCGCGUCAUUGGCGCGACCACCACGGAGAAGAAGAUUUCGCUCUCCGCCGUCUCGUGGUCCAAGAUCGUGCAGGGAUCCGACGCCACCCCCGUCAGGUUCACGUACAAGCGCACUAACUGCCAUUCGACCCUCGGAUCGGCGGUGCGCGUGCGCAGCAACUCAACGGCAGAGAAUUUCAACAUUCAGAUGGUGGGGCUUGCCGGCCCCGGCGCGCUCAAGGCGGUCGAGAUUAGCGUGGACGGCAAGAAGUGGGCGAAGCUGACCCGCGACGGCAGCAAGGCGAUCUGGGGGAUCAAGGGCAAGGAGGCGAAGGCGGUUUUGGGCGCGAAGAAGGCGGUGAGCGUUCGCCUCACUGCGUUACACACCCUCGAGAAGAUCACCCUCGAGAAGGUCAUUCCCGCCGCCUGGAAGCCACAGACGCUGUACUCGAGCAAGACCAACUUCAAGAAGCUCAUGGCUGAGAGCAAGUAG